UCUAAUGUGGACGUCGUUUUCUUCCGACGUAUCUUCCAAUUCAACUUUAUUACUCUAGACUGUAUUUAUCUGUGGGACCUGCAAGGAGCACUUAUGUCAAAACCAACUGAUUAUUUAUUGGUAUACAAUUGUUAGGCACUUCCAUACACUGGAAAAUUGUCGGAAAUGGAAAACCCAGCGUUUUCUGAUAAAGAUGGAAUGGAACUUAAACAAAGACAUACAAACAGUGAAGAGGGUCCGAAUGUAAAAGUAGAUGUUCAGGCGAUCAAGCUUAAAAGGAGUCUGGGCCUUAUCAGUGGUACCUCAAUCAUCGUAGGAACUAUCAUAGGAUCAGGAAUUUUCAUUUCUCCUAAAGGAGUGCUUCAGGAGACAGGAUCUGUAGGUCUUAGUCUAAUAGUAUGGACAGCAGGAGGACUUUUAUCGCUGAUGGUAACUCUGGCCAUAGUGAACUGUUGGGAUACGAAACUUGCAGCCAGUGUACAAGUCUUUUUCACCGCGGCUAAGCUGAUCGCUCUAUUUAUCAUUGUGAUUGGAGGUCUGGUGUGGCUAGGGAAAGGAGAGGUGGAAACACUACAGACAGGAUUCGAGGGUUCCACUAAUUCCCCCUCAGCAGUAGCUCUAGCUUUCUACGAUGCACUCUGGGCUUAUGACGGAUGGAACCUGUUGCUAAUCAUUAUGCCAAUCUUUGUGAUGUUUUCAACAUUUGGUGCCGCCAAUGGUUCUCUGUUCGCUGGCGUCAGAACAUUGUAUGUUGCUGCCCGAGAGAACCAAUUCCCAGAAGUGCUAUCAUACGUCAGUGCGCGACGUCUUACUCCAAUCCCAUGUAUUAUAUUUACGACGGUGAUUGCCCUUCUGAUGUUAAUUCCAGGAGAUAUUGGAAGUCUGAUCGACUUCUUUAGUUUUGCUGCCUGGAUGUUUUAUGCUUUAGCCAUUAUAUGUCUAAUUAUACUGAGGUUCAAAUGGAAGGACCGUAAAAGACCAAUUAAAAUCUUUAUCCUGUUUCCGGUCAUUUUCUUGCUGUGUUCACUGUACUUGGUGGUGGCUCCGAUCAUACAAGACCCUAGACUAGAGUUUCUAUACGCAUUCCUGUUUAUUGUUGGUGGACUUCUGCUGUACAUACCACUAGUUCACUUUAAGAUUCACAAAGGUUGUUUUGAUCCGGUUACGCUAUUCUUUCAACUGUUUCUGGAAGUUGGUCCAAGUCCGUAUGUGCCUGAUUUUGACUAGCACAACUUCAGAUAUGUUUACUCUGAAGAAAUCCAAUAUUCAUGUGGAAAUGUAUAGCAAGACAAAAUACAUAGUAAAAUUCUCAUCUCUUUUUCAGCGAAACCUUGUUAAGUUAAACAUUAUUCUGUUUUUAAUACAAAGGACUGUGGGAAAAGAUAAGUUAUUGGAUAUAAUGGGAUUCAUUUUUUGGGGGAAGGAUGAUCAUAAAUAAUUGAGGUCUGCUGUCUCUUUAAACAGUUUAAAGGAAGUAUUUCUAAUUUAUGUAACUUUUUUGAAUGAGUCUGGUUUGAAAACUUAUCUUUACCGAUUGCCAUUUUAACCAUCGUUUCACUUUAAUUUUUU